UUUUCAUUGAAAGGUAGAGGAAAACACAGGAGUGUCCUAUGAGAACUUGCUGCAGUGCAACUCACUGAUGUGGUGUGCUGUCGUAUCAGAGUUAGCAGCAGAAGGAUAUGAUGAGGGCUGCGGUCCUGUGGGGCCUGCUGGUCCUGCUCUGUCAGCACUCACUGGUGAGCGGCCACGUUCUGGGAAGACCAUCUUCAAGCAGCGACCUCGCCCAGCUCAAGUCUUUGCUGCAGCGUUUCGAGGAGACUCUGGCUGAAGCGGCCCAGGAGGAAGGCAACUCUGAGGCAGAUUAUGAAGAAACAAACCAGGAGCCAGAGCAGAGGCAGGCUGGCCAAGGAUGGAGCCCAGAGCAGGAGGUGGACCAGGAAGCUUUGAUACCAGAAAGAUCUGAAGGCCGCAGCAGGACGGCAGCGAGCACGAGGAGCCGCCUGCAGGACCUGCUGCUCACCGCCAGGAAAAAAUCCUCCUGCUUUGGAGCAAGGAUGGACCGGAUAGGAAACGCCAGCGGAUUGGGCUGCAACAACGGAAGAGGGUAAUCGGACCGUUUCCAGUCUCUACAUGAAGACACCGCCAAAGUCAUUGGAUAUGUUUGAAUCUGUACUCGUGCAAGUCUUUCUAAGGUCUGUUUGGAGCGACAGACAGUCUAUUUGUCAAUAAAUUCACUGUUCUGAGUCCUUUAUUCACUGUGUUAAUUUAAUUCACUAUACAUGAGUUAAGUUCAUAACUGCAUGAUGGUUGCUAACGAAGACAAAUAAACUCUUUUUUUCAUA